CGGGUGUUAGCUUACGUGAAUGACGGCGAUCGUGCUCGAGAUUAUUAUCGAAAAGCAAGUGUUCUGUGUGUGUUUCGCGACACGGAAACGACACCUUAGUAUCAUAUGAUUCAUCUGGAAGGUAAAGAUGCAGAAUGUAGCACAAGGAACGACUUCGGAUAGUCUGAAACACGAGAAAUCAGCAAGCGUUCACCACGACAUUGGAAAGACGUCGUCGACUCCCCAGUCUUCGAACUCCAGUCCCACGAAGUCAGAGACCGAGACCUUCUCCGAGUUGCAGCCACGCUUUAUGGCAGACUCGUCGGAAAGUGAGGAGGACAGUGUUUCAGAGGUGGAGUGUUUUCCAAUUGAUCAGGUUGAAUUAGACGAAGGUCAUCAUUUAGAAUCCUCCAAGUUUUUAUUGACUCCCGAAGUUCCAGAAAGAUCCGUGGACCCUGAAACUCAGGCACAGUUAGAAGCUUUACUGGAAGUAGCUGGUAUUGGCAAGUUGUCGUCGUCAGGCGAUGGAAAGCACUUGGCUGAUCACGAAGUGCUCCGUCGCUUAACAUCUAGUGUUUCUUGUGCAUUAGAUGAAGCAGCAGCUGCAUUAACGCGAAUGCGCAGCGAUAAUCCACGCACACAAAACGAAAAGCGCUCUCUCGUAGAGGCAUGCACAGAUGGAGACGUUGGUACUGUCAGGAAGUUAUUAACGGAAGGACGCAGUGUUCACGAGACUACAGAGGAGGGAGAGAGUUUGCUCUCUCUCGCCUGUUCAGCUGGUUAUUACGAACUUGCUCAGGUACUUUUGGCAAUGAAUGCAAAUGUGGAGGACCGUGGUAUAAAAGGGGAUUGUACCCCUUUAAUGGAAGCUGCCAGUGCAGGGCACAUGGAUAUUGUAAGCUUGCUUAUCGCUCAUGGAGGUGAUGUUAAUUCUCAAUCUACUUCAGGUAACACUGCCCUUAUGUAUGGCUGUGCAGGUGGUCACGAAGAGGUAGUGCGAGUACUGUUAGAAGCAGGUGCCAAUGUAGAGGAUCACAAUGAAAAUGGUCAUACACCAUUAAUGGAAGCAGCCAGUGCCGGGCAUGUUCCAGUGGCUAAGAUCUUAUUGGAACAUGGUGCUGGAAUUAAUACUCAUUCCAAUGAAUUUAAGGAAUCCGCGCUAACAUUGGCUUGCUAUAAAGGACAUUUAGAAAUGGUUCGCUUUUUAUUAGAAGCUGGAGCAGAUCAGGAGCACAAGACCGAUGAAAUGCACACUGCCCUUAUGGAAGCAUCAAUGGAUGGUCAUGUAGAAGUAGCUCGUUUACUCUUAGACUCAGGCGCGCAGGUGAAUAUGCCAACAGACAGUUUUGAAUCUCCGUUAACGUUGGCUGCUUGCGGAGGUCACGUUGAUCUUGCGAUGCUUUUGAUCGAGAGAGGAGCUAAUAUCGAGGAAGUAAACGACGAAGGUUAUACUCCGUUGAUGGAAGCAGCACGCGAAGGUCACGAAGAAAUGGUUGCGUUACUUCUAAGUCAAGGAGCGAAUAUCAAUGCUCAAACGGAGGAAACGCAGGAAACAGCACUUACUUUAGCUUGUUGCGGUGGUUUUUUAGAAGUCGCUGACUUUCUAAUUAAAGCAGGAGCUGAUAUUGAAUUAGGUGCUUCUACUCCUUUGAUGGAAGCCGCGCAAGAGGGUCACCUGGAACUCGUUCGUUAUUUACUCGAAUCCGCGGCUGAUGUUCAUGCUCAAACGCAAACAGGAGACACGGCGUUGACAUACGCGUGUGAAAAUGGCCAUACCGAUGUUGCGGAUCUUCUACUUCAGUUUGGUGCUGAUUUAGAGCACGAAUCGGAAGGAGGCAGAACGCCGUUGAUGAAAGCAUGUAGAGCUGGUCAUCUUUGUACGGUUCAGUUUCUUAUAUCGAAACGUGCAGAUGUUAAUAGGCAAACGACAAACAACGAUCACACUCCUCUUUCUUUGGCCUGCGCUGGCGGUCAUCUUACGGUUGUCGAGCUUUUGCUUGCUCAAUCUGCGAAUCCGUUUCAUAAACUAAAAGAUAAUUCGACGAUGUUAAUCGAAGCUGCAAAAGGUGGACAUACCAGCGUAGUUCAACUUCUGUUGGAUUAUCCUCACAGUAUUAUGAUGAGCGCACCACAUAAUACAGCACCAGCGCCAAUGUUGCUUCCUCAACAACAACAGCAGCAGCAACAACAACAACAACAGCAGCAGCAACAACAACAACAGCAGCAGCAUAUAGCACAUCAACAACAUGUGCCUCAUCAACAACAAGCAUCCACAACACCGUCGCAACAUCAACAGCAACAGCAGCAACACAAUGCUGAGCAAACGCAACCGCAAAAUCUUCAACCUAAACAUAAUACACAGAAAUCGUUGUUAAGAAAAAAUCGAUCAGUAACCAUGAUGCCUGAUAUGAGUCUUACAUCAGCCGAGGCGCAACAAGUUCGUUCUCAACCCGCAGGAGAAGCGAUCGUCGCAACUAAAGAUGAUACUAAUAUUCUGGAUAAAGGCAGUGGAGGAUUUACCAACCUUUCGGAACCCAAUAUUAGCCUUAGUCCAGCACCAGCGCCAACCCCAGGUUUAAAUGUUUCGGAAAGUAGGAAGAAUACUCGGCAGGAACAGGACCUACAUAGACAACAAAUAUUUGAAGAAAUCCAGAGGGUAGAAAGAGAACUUCAAAUUAAGGGUGCCGGCCACUUAUUCUCCGGUUCAAGGAACUCCGUCUCAGCUCAACAACAGCCGCAGCUGGAAGAGCCCAGUGAACCAGAUACGUUAUCACCAGGUUUAGUUUGCAAUACAACUGGUAUGCCCGGGAAUUCGUUAACUCAUCAAGGUACCAGCCAGGCGAUGUCGCUAUAUUAUAACGCUUUUCUCCGAGGAAAACGGCUUGGACAAGAGACAACACAUUUAUCUUUACCUCCCGAAAUUUUUCCUACAACAAAUCCACUCUCUCUCGCAACGAUACCUGUCACGUCGUCCGUUCCAUUAGUUACCUCUAAUACAUCUUCAACGACUACGCCGAGUCCUCCAAGUAUAUCUACGCCUCCUACUGUUAUGACUGUUUCUCAACCUAUUACCGCGAGUAGCGACGUCAGUCAAAACACCGCCAUAAGUGAUCGUCCGAAAGCAAAACCCGUUUCUAAGAAAGAGGGUAAAAAUAUCCGGAAGGCUACAUCCAGUGUGAUAGGAGGAAAAUUACAGCAGCAGCAACAACAACAACAACAACAACAUCAACAGCAGCAGCAACAACAACAAGCAACUUUGAUGGCUGGAUUGCAGCAGCAAUACCAGCAGAAGCAACGACAACAUACCUAUCAAGUGCAACAGGUGCAUCAACUGCAGCAAUUAAAUCAACAGCUUCAAUUGCAGCUUGAUCAAGUGCAGGUACAACAGCAACAACAACAGCAACAACAGCCACAGCAGUCACAAACUCAACAACAAUCGUUACAGUCGCACCAACAACAGCAGUCACAGCCUCAACAAGAUGCUGGAAGUGUUACCGCGAAUGGAAACAACAUACUCAUGCCUACUCAAUUAAUGUCUCACCUUCAUUCUACGCAUACCCAUCAUCUUCACGAUCAGCAAUCCACUCAACAGAAUCUUACGGAACCGACGGAUCCCGAAUUAGCAAGACUCCAUCGAGACGGUGCCUGCCCCUUUGUCGCUGCUGCUCAAAAAGCAAAAGCACUGUGCACCAGUGAAAGUGUUAUCAAAUUAGAAGAUGGCACGCAUAUUCCCCUCGAUGACGCCUUCGAAAUUUUUCGAUCUAUCAGUUUGGACGAGGCUGUUGAUGCAACAGAGGAUCAAGAGAAGCUUGAACUGAAAAGGUUAGAAGUGUCAACUACUAAAGAUCCACAACACCCGCAACAGCAGCAACAACAACAGCAGCAACAGCAACAAUUACAAACUGCACAAACAAUUCAACAAACGAGCAGUCCUUACUCGUCCCAAGAAUAUUUCACCAAUUCUGUGUUAUCGGUACCUUCGGUUUCGUUACCAACUUUGCCUUCGCUUCAAGUAACCAGCACCGGCGUUCAGAUACAAGCAGACAUAUCGACCGGUCUUCAAUUAACCAGCACGCAGUCUCUGCAAAAUCAUCCGUUUAAAGACUUGAAAGAUUUUCAAGAAGGAUAUCUCGAGGGUUUACGAUGCCGUUUUCAACCGCAGUUGCUACUGCAAUCCUCGCAAAUAACAUUUCCCACGCAAGCUCUGCCAACUGUAACCGAAGCGACUGGAAUAAUGGAUAGUAUACCCCAUCAGACGAAUGGUUACACACAGUCGACAGCUUGCAAUACCAAUCAAGUUCAAGUGGCUACGCAAACUCAAGCUCCAGUCACCACAACUGCAGCCACUAUCGUUGCUUCGGACAAAAAGCAAGUUUAUACCGCUCCAGCAACUGGUAAAGGAAAGAAGGGACGAUAUCCGCUUCUGUCUCAACAGCAAUCAUGCCAGCAACAACAAACUGCCAAUACUCAACAGCAAACGCCCAAUUUUCCCAGUCAAAAUUAUCAGUUAGACCCAACGACAGUUGCUGGUCAGUACACAACAGGCGUUCCAACGGUCGGCGGUUACACGACUAACCAGGUACCACCUGCGCCGUUUUCCUGUAUGGAUGUGGAUUCCGAGACAGAUAGCAAUCACGAUACAGCAUUGACUUUAGCUUGUGCUGGUGGUCACGUAGAACUGGCAGAACUUUUGUUGAGUCGUGGUGCAGAUAUAGAACAUAGAGACAAAAAAGGUUUCACUCCGCUUAUAUUGGCUGCGACAGCCGGCCACCAUAAAGUUGUCGAGAUACUUUUAAAAAAUGGGGCUGACAUAGAGGCUCAGUCUGAACGCACCAAGGAUACACCUUUAUCUCUUGCUUGUAGUGGCGGUAGAUACGAAGUCGUAGAGCUUUUGCUCAGUCAGUGCGCGAACAAGGAGCACCGUAACGUUUCUGACUAUACGCCGUUGAGCCUCGCAGCAUCCGGCGGUUACGUUAACAUAAUAAAGCUUCUUCUCAGUCAUGGGGCUGAAAUUAAUUCCAGGACUGGUUCAAAAUUAGGAAUAUCUCCGCUAAUGCUUGCCGCUAUGAACGGUCAUGUUGCGGCGGUGAAAUUGUUACUGGAUAUGGGCAGCGAUAUAAAUGCUCAAAUCGAGACUAAUCGUAAUACAGCGCUAACAUUGGCGUGUUUUCAAGGAAGACACGAGGUAGUUAGUCUUCUUCUCGACCGUAAAGCCAAUGUAGAACAUCGUGCUAAGACUGGUUUAACACCAUUAAUGGAAGCAGCGAGCGGAGGUUAUGUCGAAGUUGGACGUGUCUUACUCACCAAAGGAGCAGACGUGAAUGCCACUCCCGUUCCGUCGUCUCGCGAUACAGCUCUUACCAUCGCCGCCGACAAAGGACACUGCCGUUUCGUAGAAUUAUUACUGUCCAGAGGAACACAAGUGGAGGUGAAAAAUAAAAAGGGAAACAGCCCGUUAUGGUUAGCGGCAAACGGUGGACACCUGAACGUUGUUGAUCUGCUGUACCAUGCCGGGGCGGAUAUUGAUUCCCAAGAUAAUCGUAAAAUGUCCUGUUUAAUGGCUGCUUUUCGCAAGGGUCAUAUUAAAGUUGUGAAAUGGAUGGUAAAUCACGUUACUCAGUUUCCAAGCGACCAGGAAAUGACGAGGUACAUAGCCACCGUCAGCGGCAAAGAACUCCUCGAAAAAUGCCAAGAAUGCGUGAAAGUGAUUCGAGCAGCGAAAGAGACGCAAGCAGCGAAAGCGAAUAAAAACGCGACGAUAUUAUUGGAGGAGCUGGACAUGGAGAAAACGAGAGAGGAAUCGAAGAAAGCUGCGGCUGCUCGUAGACGGGAACGAAAGAAGAAGAAGAAGCUCGAGAAAAAGGAGGAAAAGAGAAAAUUAAACGAGGAGUACAAGAAGAACGAGGGAACGUACGAGGAUAAAGACGAGAAUGGGAAGAAAUCCGGCGAUGAGGAAUGCGAUAGAGCGGACGACAGCGAACACGAAACUGGCGACAGUUGUGAAAGAAUGGAUAGUAUGCCGUCACCUGUCAACAGGAGUCCAGAAGAUCCUGACAGAGAGGAAGGUGACAGCGGAUUCGAUGCGAACAGCCAAGGCAGUUGCAGCAGCAACGAUGUGAAAGCCAGGGAGAAAAAGAAAGAAAAGAAGAAAAAGAAGACAAACAGCCCUACCAGUAAUGAAAAAGACACGUCGCCACAAAGAUCACCUAAAUCUGUUAUCGCUCAAAGUACCGCGUUGUCGCAAAGUUCCAUCACGCCGACCAAGUCUCAAAAUAAUACCACCGAGAAAAGACUAAUGACUAACGUCACAAACGGAGUGUCGGUAUCGACGACUUCUCUCACGACCAGUGUCAGAUCCACAACCGUUAAUUGCAGCGAACGCAAAUUGAAAGGUCAGUUGGUGUUCGAGUCGUCGAGACAUCCCGCUGACAGGGAAGAUUUCGAAGCGACUGGCAACGAAACGUACAUACCCGCUAAAGGGAAGAAAUCCUAUAACAGUCAAUACGACGGAGACACGUUGAACACUUCUACAAAGUCGAGCGGUUCUACAACGAGCCCGAAACAGGGCGGCAAACGCGAGGAAGGUUGGAAAGAAGUCGUGCGAAAGGGACAAUCCGACGAUUCGGGAAGAUUUAUGAACUCGCCAUUCCGCUCGAAGAAAGUUUCUGUUCCACCGAAUGCUAUCAGUCGUGUCAUAGGAAGAGGCGGAAGUAAUAUAAACGCGAUUAGAGGCGCGACAGGAGCCCACAUUGAAGUAGAAAAACAAAGCAAAUGUCAAGGCGAACGAAUCAUUACUAUCAAGGGAUCUUCCGAUGCAACGAAACAGGCUCAUACAUUAAUAGCAGCGCUAAUUAAAGAUCCGGACGUUGAUAUAUUACAGAUGCUUCCAAAACCGAAAUUGACCGUUGUUACGACACCUUCUUGGGAUAAAACUGUUGCUACAGUAGCUUCGAGCAAAACGAAAUUGGGUCCUGUAAGUAAACCUCCCAGUUUAACGUCAAAUACCAAUAGUACGCAAAUUAAUAAAUCUAGUUACACGUCGGGAGUUUCUGCCGUCAAUCAGUUAAUUCCACUUCGAUCGUCGUCCACUAUUAAACUUACCGGAGCAUUUCCAACGCCUCUGCCACGCGCAACAGCGCCCAGACUCGUCGCCGCAGCUGAGAAACGAGCCCAGGCUGUCGCUGCUCAAAUGGCUUCGCCGUCGAACACAAAGACGACAAUGUCGUAUACGAGCGCGAUCAUGACGGCCGGACGAGCAACGAAAAUCGUGACGACAAGCACCACGCAAACGUUCGCAGCGAAGCUAUCUGAGAUCACUGCCUCCACCCAUACAUCCACCACCGUGAUGCAGUCCACUCACGCCACGGUAAAUAAACAGAAAUCGUUACAAGCGAAUACCGUCACGGUAAUGUCAGCUACAGCUACGGCAACGGCGCAAACUUCGUCUCAGCAGCAACAGCCCGUAGUCAGUACAUCACCGAAACACUGCCGACCACUGCCUACCUUGUCUGCCCCGCCAACUAUGGUUUCACAUUAUUCUGGAAAAUCGACGUAUUCUCCUGGUUCGAAUGCCGCCGCCAUGUCGCCAGCAACGAGUACAGUGGUUGCAUACUGUCCGGAUAGUUCAGUUGCCUCUACCUGUUCGAACUCUGUUCGAAUUACUCCAUCUCCACCGAUAGUAUCACAGAAUCAACAGCUGCAACAACAACAACAACAACAACAACAGCAGCAGCAGCAGCAGCAGCAUCAUCAACAACAACAGCAGCAGCAACAGCAACAGCAGCAGCAACAACAAGUACGGAGUUCGACACCAAUAACUUCUACGAUUCAAGACCAACAACAGCAACAGCAGCAGCAGCAGCAACAACAACAGCAGCAACAAAAUAACACGCCUUUGGAAUAUUCGUUAUUUAACGAUACUUUCACCAAAGUUACCCAACAGUCGAUGUGGGGUGGUCGGGAAAGUGAAUCUCAGAAGGGUAUGAAUUUCGCAACUGUAGCUGGCGGUGGGGGUUCCGUAAACACGUCAGGUUCAUCCUCGUCCAAGUUCAUCGACUGCGCUCCCCCUCCACAGGCGGACGCUUCGAAAGCCCCAGGGUAUCGGGGAACAGCAAUGUGCUCUCCUGUAUCAAGUAAAUCGAACAACACCAGCAAUACGAGCGCGACCAGCACAGGAAGCUGUGCAUCGUCGAACACAGGGCACAGUCCGAUUCAGCCGCCUCAAUACCAAUCCGCAGGCGGGAACUACAGCGAACAUUCUAUGUCGAACAAACCGCCGGGAAAUUUGGCAGUCGCCCGACCGGUAAUGCAGCAACAGAGCAUAGAAAUGGGGGCGGCGAUGGGAACCCAGUACAGUAGGCCUGUGUUCCAAGGGGAAUUGACGUCGCGCAACAACACCCAACACCAACAGCACAUUAUACCAUCGACGUCGCAACCAACAUUGGACGUCGGUCUGUUCAAGACGAACAACGUCGGUUACGAGCAUCCGAACGUGAAUUCUAGCUUACUGAAGAUGGUACCGAACGAGGGACAGAAUCACCCUCUAUUACCGUUUCAUCCUCACAUGCAGAAUUUCACGCAGACGAUAUCAGCGCCAUCUGCUUCUGUAAAUACCACUGUCAGUAUGUCGAGGUUAAAUCCCCGAGCGCCCGAUUUCUCGAGUUCGUUGCAUCUGAAUAGCAAGCCUCAAGUGACGAUGUUCAACGCGGGAUCGGCGGCGGCGGCGGCGGCGGCUGCAGCGGCGGGGAUACAUCCGAAUAUGUUCGCCACCGUGCCACCGCCACCUCCGUCCGCGAUCCAGUCGAAUAACCUGGCGAUGCUUGGAAACUUUCCGCUGGGAAAGUACCAGGCACCGUCCCGAGCCACACCGAACACCGGAAUCUCCACCAACGGGCAGACACGUUGGCCGUUCGCCCCGCCGCACAACAGCUAUCCGCCCCAUCAGGAUCCAAUGAUAGGCCAGAUCGGUUUCUCCAAUCAUUUGGCGAACAUGUCCGCACAGCCGGGUAACAUCGAUUUGAUCACCAGCCUGGAGAACGGCGGUUCACCGGCGAUAUCGCCCUCGUCGCCUGCCCAAGUUGCCCAGGAGAUGAAUCAGAUGAAAAUCGAGGAUCGCAAGGUACCACGGCCGAUCGGCACGGAAAGAGCAUGGAAGAAUUACGCGACAGCCGGCAUGGGACCCGGCGGCGACGCCGAUUCUAUCAACUGGAUGCUCAACAACGAGAAACUCGUUGGAUCGUGGGCAAGCUUGGCGCCGGGGAUUGACAGACAUCAGAUGUUUCGAUCGAACGCCACCUACAAUCGUAUAUCAAACGUGGAUGCUGAACUCCAUCAGAUGAUGGAGUCCUCUUUUCAGGGUCACGUGGACGCGCAACAACAAUUCCCGAAUGGAAGCACAGCAGCACUGUCGCUAAUGCCAGGAUUGACGUUACUGCCGGGACAGUUUGGAACGCCGACUUUAACGGAAAUUCCGCCAAACGAGCAGAACAAAAUCGAUGCACCGGCUUGGGGAAUACCGGAUGCUGUGCAAGAUAAGCAACAUCCGGCAUGGAAUAAAUGGACACAUUAAAACGGGAACAACAACUUCGAUUUCCGACCCGAACGACACGAAAUAGAACUUGUAACUCAAUGUAGUCCAGUGUGCAUAGGUGGUACUGGAAUACGAAGCGUUGUUUCUAGACAGUUAAAUUGCAUCGAUAUCCUAAUUAUAUCCAUUAAAGAAAAACCACAAAUUCGACAUUAUUUGUCAU